AUGUCUGACAAUCAACAGCUCCAGCUAUCACUUGUAGGCCAGAGGAUGACGACGGCCUGCAGCCAGGUCGGUCUCGGCUCCAAGCUCCCACAAGAUCUUUUUCAAGCCCGAUACUACGGCGGCAGCCCGGUGCUACUCCGGAGGAACUAUGUCUACGGGAACUACUCCAAUCCUGGCCUGCAGGGCUAUGUCCCUGCUGCGACGUCGACGACGACGAUGUCGAAUGCGGUGUGUGUUCAGGCGCCGUCGGAGAAAGGCCUGACAGGGUUCGCCAUUGAUUUCCUCAUGGGUGGAGUCUCUGCCGCCGUGUCCAAAACCGCUGCGGCUCCGAUCGAGCGCGUGAAGCUGCUGAUCCAGAACCAGGACGAGAUGAUCAAGGCCGGCCGGCUGUCGGAGCCGUACAAGGGGAUCGGAGACUGCUUCUCGAGGACGAUGAAGGAUGAAGGGAUGAUGUCGCUGUGGAGGGGGAACACUGCUAAUGUCAUCCGUUAUUUCCCCACUCAGGCACUGAACUUUGCCUUCAAAGAUUACUUCAAGAAGCUCUUCAACUUCAAGAAGGACCGUGAUGGCUACUGGCCGUGGUUCGCCGGCAACUUGGCCUCCGGCGGUGCAGCUGGAGCAUCUUCCCUCUUCUUUGUCUACUCCUUGGACUAUGCCAGAACCCGCCUGGCCAACGACGCCAAGGCCGCCAAGAAAGGAGGGGAGAGGCAGUUCAACGGCCUCGUCGAUGUGUACAAGAAGACGAUGGCGACCGACGGCAUUGCUGGCCUCUACCGUGGGUUCAACAUCUCCUGCGUCGGGAUCAUUGUCUACCGUGGCCUCUACUUCGGCAUGUAUGACUCCCUCAAGCCUGUCGUCCUCACUGGAAGCCUCCAGGAUAGCUUCUUCGCGAGCUUCGCCCUCGGCUGGCUCAUCACCAACGGCGCCGGCCUGGCUUCCUACCCGAUCGACACCGUCCGCCGGAGAAUGAUGAUGACCUCCGGCCAGGCCGUGAAGUACAAGAGCUCCAUGGACGCCUUCUCCCAGAUCCUGAAGAACGAAGGCGCCAAGUCACUUUUCAAGGGCGCCGGCGCCAACAUCCUGAGGGCAGUUGCCGGAGCCGGAGUGCUUGCCGGAUACGACAAGCUCCAGAUGAUCGUGUUCGGCAAGAAGUAUGGCUCCGGUGGAGCUUAA